AUGUCAAAAUUUAUACAUUCUAUACCAGUUUUAUUAGAUCAGUCAUGUGAAGCUUUUGCCAUUUAUAUUAAAAGUCCUGAUGAAAUUUUCCAAUAUCAGUUUACUCCAGUAGGCGUUUCUAAUUCAUGUAAAACUGCCACUGAGAACCCAAACAAAGAUUCAUGCACAAAUAAAGGAGAAGGAAAACCAUUUGAGAAUACUACAGAAGAUUUGGAAAAUUUGAUGAAAAUUGUCACUGAUAUCUUUGGAGAUAAAAAUAUAUUGAAUAAGGUACAUGAUCUAUUGCCCUAUAAAAAAUUUGGCACAGAAACGUAUGGAAAAAUGUACAGAAAAAUGCAAAUUUCAACAAGUAGGUAUAUGAUGUUCUUUGAUCAGAUUCUAGAGAUGCAAUCAAAGGAACAAAAAAAUUGUGCUAAGAAAAGUGCCAAUUUUGCAGAGAUUAAAAGAAACAUCAAUGAUAAAGAGAAUGUUAUCAUUGUAACUGAUCAUAAA